CCUUUGUCAAUUUCCAUGCGCUCCCGUGGAAACGCCAGGGUUGAGGGCUGUUGUUUCCCGGGGCCAAUCUCAAAGGAAGAACUUCUUUUGAUCAGAGAGAAAUCGUGAACCCCUAUUUGAACAUCGAAAUUGACUAAACCAAGUUAAAAUAAAGUAGAGGACACGCGACAGAAAGGGACCUCUCAUCCGCCGCGGGGAUCGACCAGGAGCGAGUGGCCACCACCGGGACAGGAUCGUGUCGCGAGAGCAGCGGUCCUGACAUUGGCGCCGCGCGAUGCUGUACGGUUUGGGGACAGCUCUGCACUCGCCGCAGUUACUUUUCUGAACUUUCUUCACCUCCCAGACUUCACUGCAAACUGGAAUAAGACGAGUUCCACUGAUCUACAAAGGGGCCAUUAUGCCGGAGCAAAUUACAGUUUCUGAGUUUGUGGCAGAGACGAAUGAGGAUUAUAAAUCGCCCACCGCCUCGAACUUCACUACCAGGAUGUCCCACUGCAGAAACACGGUGGCAUCGCUGGAAGAGGCUCUGGAUGUUGACCGCAGUGUGUUGUACAAAAUGAAAAAGUCUGUGAAGGCCAUCUACACAUCUGGACUAGCUCAUGUGGAGAACGAGGAGCAGUACACUCAGGCCCUGGAGAAGUUUGGAGAAAACUGUGUUUACCGAGAAGAUCCCGACCUGGGGUCGGCCUUCCUCAAGUUCUCAGUCUUCACUAAGGAGCUCACAGCCCUCUUCAAAAAUCUGUUUCAGAACAUGAACAACAUCAUCACCUUUCCUCUGGACAGCCUUCUCAAGGGAGAUCUAAAGGGAGUCAAAGGGGACUUGAAAAAGCCAUUUGAUAAAGCAUGGAAGGACUAUGAAACAAAAGUCACCAAGAUUGAGAAGGAGAAGAAGGAGCAUGCAAGGCAACACGGCAUGAUUCGUACUGAAAUUAGUGGGGCUGAGAUCGCAGAGGAGAUGGAGAAAGAGAGGAGGUUUUUCCAGCUACAGAUGUGUGAGUUUCUUCUUAAAGUCAAUGAGAUCAAGAUCAAGAAGGGAGUUGAUCUUCUACAAAACCUUAUUAAGUACUUCCACGCACAGUGCAAUUUCUUUCAGGACGGUUUGAAAGCUGUGGACAACCUAAAGCCCUCAAUAGAGAAAUUGGCUACAGAUCUGCAUACGAUAAAGCAGGUACAGGAUGAGGAGAGGAAGCAGCUGACUCAAUUACGAGAUGUUUUGAAGACCGUUCUGCAGGUGGAGCAAAAGGAGGAUUCUCAGGUGCGGCCAUCAACAACCUACAGCCUUCACCAGCCACAGGGAAACAAGGAGCAUGGCACAGAGCGCAGCGGCUUUCUCUACAAGAAGAGUGAUGGGUUGCGAAAGGUUUGGCAGAAGAGGAAGUGCACUGCGAAAAAUGGAUACCUCACCAUUUCACAUGGCACUGCCAACAGACUGCCUGCAAAACUGAACCUGCUAACCUGUCAGGUGAAACACAACCCAGAGGAGAAGAAAAGCUUUGACCUCAUCUCCCAUGACAGAACGUAUCACUUUCAGGCAGAGGAUGACCAGGACUGUCAGAUCUGGAUUUCAGUGCUGCAGAACAGUAAAGAAGAGGCUCUGAACCAGGCGUUUAAAGGGAACCAGCACACAGGCGAGAAUAACAUUGUACAGGAGCUGACCAGGGCCAUCCUUGGAGAGGUGAAGAGGAUGAGUGGGAACAGCGAGUGUUGCGACUGUGGAGCCCCUGACCCCACAUGGUUGUCCACAAACCUGGGAAUCCUCACGUGCAUUGAGUGUUCAGGGAUCCACCGGGAGCUAGGGGUCCACUUUUCUAGGAUCCAGUCUCUCACUCUAGAUGUCCUCAGCACUUCGGAGCUCUUGUUGGCCAAGAAUGUGGGGAAUGCAAGCUUUAAUGAAAUCAUGGAGGCAGGUUUAGCUGCUCAAAGUGCGGUGAAACCCAACCCAGCCAGUGACAUGCAGACCAGAAAAGACUUUAUUGUGGCUAAAUACACUGAGAAGCGUUUUGCAAUACGGAAGUGUCCCGAUGCAGUGUCCCGACUGCAGGCGCUGUGUGAGGCUGUGAAGUGUCGCGAUAUCUUCACCCUCCUUCAGGUGUAUGCUGAGGGGGUGGACUUGAUGGAGCCCAUUCCUCUGACCAAUGAGCAUGAACCAGGAGAAACAGCCCUACACCUAGCUGUGAGACUGGUUGAUAGAACAUCCCUUCAUAUUGUGGAUUUCCUCACACAGAACAGUCUGAACUUGGAUAAGCAGACAACCAAAGGCAGCACAGCCCUGCAUUACUGCUGUCUGACAGACAACAGCGAGUGUCUGAAACUGCUGCUGCGAGGGAAGGCCUCCAUAGACAUCGCCAAUGAGUCUGGGGAGACUCCUCUGGACAUCGCUCGCAGACUCAAACACAUCCAGUGUGAGGAACUGCUGAACCAGGCACUAGCGGGGAAGUUCCACUGUCAUGUCCAUGUGGAGUAUGAGUGGUGUCUGCGCCAUGAUGACCUGGAUGAAAGCGACGAGGACUUGGAUGAGAAGCCCAGCCCACUGCGCAGAGAGGAGCGGCCUCUUAGCUGUUACACCCCCUCCAGCAAUCGCGACGGACUCAAGGACAAGCACAGAGCUUUCAUGGUCAACAAUGAGACGUACGGCACUAUCCUGAGCUCUAACGCUCAGCCUGGACUGCCCUGUACUGGGUCUGCCCCUCCACUGCCUCCAAGGAACCUGGUUCAGUUGCCUGGUUUAGGAGGGACAGCUCAAACAUCAACACCCAACUGGAAGCCCAGUACUUUAGACAUGUGUGGGCGACAAAGGUCAUCCUCAGACCCCCCCAACAUGCACCCUCCUGCUCCCCCCUUCAGACUCAUCUCAGCUGGAGGACUGACUUCCUCUGUGUUGAAGUCGAAAUCGGGCUCCAGAGCAGCACCCCCUCGAUCGUCUGCUAGAUAUGACAAAGGCUUCAUCCGUGGAGCCCCUGCUCAAAGUGAAUCUUCUGAAAGACUAGCAAAGGAAGUGCUUGGCUGCCCUCAGAACUCCAGUGGUCAGUCUCAGGGGCCGACACACAGAAAGGCCUACACCAAGCAGAGGCCAAAGAGAGUCAAAGCCAUGUACAAGUGUGUCGCAGAUAACCCAGAUGAGCUGACCUUCUCUGAGGGUGAGGUGAUUGUGGUGGAUGGAGAGGAGGACCAGGAGUGGUGGCUCGGACAUAUUGAGGGUGACCCCACGAGAAGAGGGGCCUUCCCGGUCACCUUUGUCCACUACAUUGCCGACUGAGAGGAGCAAUCACAGUAUGUUGCUGAUCCAUAGGGCAAAUGGCAUCUCGAUUGUCACUAGAACUUCCUGAACUAACACUAAAAGACUGUUUUUAGGCCUCUCACAAUGAAAACAAUUCAUAUUUGUCUUGUAGCUGAUUGUUCUGUUAUUAGAGACAAUGCCCAGCCCUUUCGCUUUUGCUAUUGAGUCCGUACAUGUCGGGUGGCGUAAAGGCUCUAAGACAUGAUUCUUAAAACUGGGACCCAAUGAAGCAGAGUAUUCCAUAACAAAAUGAAAGAUAAUAUAAGUUAACUCACUGGACACUGAUUUUUUUUUUCUCAUGUAAAUAAAGUUGUUUAUAUUUGAAUGUAAUGUAAUAGUGAAUUUGCUGGGGUGAAGCAGAAUUGUAGCUUAGCCUCUGUUGAACUUGUGUGCCUAAGUAGAAAAAGAGGGAAAUAAACAAAUUGUUAAUA